UCUCCCGAGCCGGAGCGCGAUUGGUGGCGGCGCUUGUCGCUCGGAGGGGGCCGGGCCGCUCUGCUUCGCGGCUCUCCCCGCCGCCGCUGCCGCUGCCGCGGUUCUCCUAGCAGCGCGGGCCGGUCGGACCGCCAAGGCAGCCGGCGCUGGCGAUGGGAAGCGGCGUGGCCGCCGACACAGGCAGUGGCAAAGUUUCCCAGACGUACACAUCUGGACGCGCGGCUGCCGGCUACCCGUGACCCCUCUAGGAAGGGUUCAGGGAUUUUUAAUUUGGAAAAAAAUCCACCUGGUUUCCUUUGUCAAGGUCUCUCCGGGUGGCCAGCGGCAGGAGCUGCAAACUUGGGCACGGCGGCUACACCGGCAGCGGACCGGGCUUUGGAGAACCUCGGGACUCAGGUGCUGAGGUGCCCAGCGGCUCCGGACGUGCUACGGGGUGCGAGCGCGGGGGAGUUCGGGGCGCACGACAAGGAAGGGCCCCCGGGAGCUCUAUAUGGAGGAAGGAGCCCAGAAUGGUGUGCACCAGGAAGACCAAAACUUUGGUGUCCACUUGCGUGAUCCUGAGCGGCAUGACUAACAUCAUCUGCCUGCUCUACGUGGGCUGGGUCACCAACUACAUCGCCAGCGUGUAUGUGCGGGGGCAGGAGCCGGCGCCCGACAAGAAGCUGGAGGAAGACAAAGGGGACACUCUGAAGAUUAUUGAGCGGCUGGACCACCUGGAGAAUGUCAUCAAGCAGCACAUUCAAGAGGCUCCUGCCAAGCCUGAGGAGGCAGAGGCCGAGCCCUUCACAGACUCCUCUCUGUUUGCACACUGGGGCCAGGAGCUCAGCCCCGAAGGCCGGCGCGUGGCCCUGAAGCAAUUCCAGUACUACGGCUACAACGCCUACCUCAGCGACCGCCUGCCCCUGGACCGGCCCCUGCCUGACCUCAGACCCAGUGGGUGCCGUAACCUCUCAUUUCCUGACAGCCUGCCAGAGGUGAGCAUCGUGUUCAUCUUCGUCAAUGAAGCGCUUUCAGUGCUGCUGCGCUCCAUCCACUCGGCCAUGGAACGCACGCCCCCACAUCUGCUCAAGGAGAUCAUUCUGGUGGAUGACAACAGCAGUAACGAGGAACUGAAGGAGAAGCUGACCGAAUAUGUGGACAAGGUGAACAGCCAGAAGCCAGGCUUCAUCAAAGUCGUGCGUCACAGCAAGCAGGAAGGCCUCAUCCGCUCCAGGGUCAGCGGCUGGAGGGCGGCCACUGCCCCUGUGGUGGCACUCUUUGAUGCCCACGUGGAGUUCAAUGUGGGCUGGGCUGAACCUGUACUCACCCGCAUCAAGGAGAACCGGAAGCGGAUCAUCUCGCCAUCCUUUGAUAACAUCAAAUAUGACAACUUUGAGAUAGAAGAGUACCCGCUGGCUGCCCAGGGCUUUGACUGGGAGCUGUGGUGCCGCUACCUAAAUCCCCCCAAGGCCUGGUGGAAGCUGGAGAACUCCACAGCGCCAAUCAGGAGCCCUGCCCUCAUUGGCUGCUUCAUUGUGGACCGGCAGUACUUCCAGGAGAUCGGCCUGCUGGACGAAGGCAUGGAAGUCUACGGGGGCGAGAAUGUGGAGCUUGGGAUCAGGGUGUGGCAGUGUGGCGGGAGUGUGGAGGUCCUGCCCUGCUCACGGAUUGCCCACAUUGAGCGAGCCCACAAGCCCUACACAGAGGACCUCACCGCCCAUGUCCGCAGGAACGCUCUCAGGGUGGCUGAAGUCUGGAUGGAUGAAUUUAAAAGCCACGUCUACAUGGCAUGGAACAUACCCCAGGAGGACUCAGGAAUUGACAUUGGGGACAUCACUGCAAGGAAGGCUCUCAGGAAACAGCUGCAGUGCAAGACCUUCCGGUGGUACCUGGUCAGCGUGUACCCAGAGAUGAGGAUGUACUCCGACAUCAUUGCCUAUGGAGUGCUGCAGAAUUCUCUGAAGACUGAUUUGUGUCUUGACCAGGGGCCAGAUACAGAGAAUGUCCCCAUCAUGUACAUCUGCCAUGGGAUGACGCCUCAGAGUUUACUUAUCUCCAGAAGUACACAAUGAUUUAAAAAGACGUUUUAGGCCGGGCACGGUGGCUCACACCUGUAAUCUCAGCACUUUGGGAGGCCGAGGCGGGCGGAUCACGAGGUCAGGAGAUCGAGACCAUCUUGGCUAACACGGUGAAACCCCAUCUCUACUAAAAAUACAAAAAAUUAGCCAGGCGUGGUGGCGGGCACCUGUAGUCCCAGCUACUCGGGAGGCUGACGCAGGAGAAUGGCGUGAACCCGGGAGGCAGAGCUUGCAGUGAGCUGAGAUCGCGCUACUGCAGUCUGGCCUGGGCGACAGAGCGAGAUUCCAUCUCAAAAAAAAAAAAAAAAAAAAGAUAUUUAGCAUGUAAGAUAUGCCUAUGUGUGCAAUUACAAUUAAAAGAGUGUUUAAAAGAGCUGUUGCCUACCAAAACACACAACUGAAGGACAUCAUGACGUGUAUGUCACUCUGUGUGUGAAUGAUGAGCCUUCCCAGGGAUUGUCCAUUGUGACCUCUGCCAUCUUGUCCUUUUUUGGGGACUGAGUUGCUGUGACAUUACUGGCUAGUUAAUUGCAGGCCAGCAAAUCAGGUUGUGCUCACACAACCCAGUAUGGCAACACAUUCCUCAUUGUUAACAAUGGUGUGGCAUUUUUAAUGAGUGACUAUCUUUUUAAACAUUGUAUUGAAGUAAAACAUAUAUAGAGGGAAUAAAUGAAUUGUAAGUGUACAGCUUAAUCAAUUUCCAGAGUGAACACACCCAGAUCAAAAAUAAGAGUAUUGCUGCCUGAUUUUGAAUUCUACAUAAAUAGGACUAUAUAAUAUAUAUUUUCUGAUGUUGACUUCUUUCAUAAUUAUAUUUUUUUAAUUUUUAUUUUUAUUUCAAUGGUUUUUGAGAUUCAGGUGGUUUUUGGUUACAUGGAUACUUGGAUAAGUUCUUUAGUGGUGAUUGCUGAAAUUUUAGUACACCCGUCACCCAAGCUGUGUACACUGUACCCAGUAUGUACUCUUUUAUUCCUCACCCCUCCUCCCAACCUUCCCUGCUAAGUCCCCAAAAUCCAUUAUGUCAUUUUUUCUUUUUUUUUUUUUUUUUUUUUUUUUUUGAGACGGAGUCUCGCUCUGUCGCCCAGGCUGGAGUGCAGUGGCGCGAUUUCGGCUCACUGCAAGCUCCGCCUCCCGGGUUCACGCCAUUCUCCUGCCUCAGCCUCCCGAGUAGCUGGGACUACAGGCGCCCGCUACCACGCCCGGCUAAUUUUUUGUAUUUUUAGUAGAGACGGGGUUUCACCGUGUUAGCCAGGAUGGUCUCGAUCUCCUGACCUCGUGAUCCGCCCGCCUCGGCCUCCCAAAGUGCUGGGAUUACAGGCGUGAGCCACCGCGCCCGGCCAUUAUGUCAUUCUUAUGCCUUUGCAUCCUCAUAGCUUAGCUCUCACUUAUAUGAAACUGAAAACGUACGAUAUUUGGUUUUUCAUUCCUGGAUUACUUCACUUAGAAUAAUGGCCUCCAGCUUCAACCAAGUUACUACAAAAGACAUUAUUUCUUUUUGUGGCUGAUUAGUAUUCCAUGAUGAAUAUAUACCACAUUUUCUUUAUCCACUCGUUGGCUGAUGGGCACUCAGGUUGGUUCCAUAUUUUUACAAUUGUGAAUUGUGCUGCUAUAAACAUGCAUGUGCAUGCAUCUUUUUCAUAAAAUGACUUCUUUUCCUUUGGGUAGAUACCCAGUAGUGGGAUUGCUGGAUCAAAUGGUAGUUCUACUUUCAGUUCUUGAAGGAAUAUCCAUACUGUUUUCCAUAGUGGUUGUACUAAUUUAUAUUCCCACCAGCAGUGUAAAAGUGUUCCACACAGCAAAAGAAAUCAUUAAACAGACAACCCACAGUGUGGGAGAAAAUAUUCACAAACUAUGCAUCCAACAAAGGAUAAAUAUCCAGAAUCUACAAGGAACUCAACAAAUCAGCAAGAAAAAAAAAUCUCAUCAAAAAGCCAAAGGACAUGAAUAGACAAUUCUCAAAAGAAAUAUACAAACAGCUAACAAACAUAUGAAAAAAUGCUCUACAUCACUAAUCAUCAGGGAAAUGCAAAUUAAAACAAUGAGAUACCACCUUACUCCUUCAAGAAUGGCCUAAUUAAAAAGUCAAAACCCAAUAGAUGUUGGCAUGGAUGUGGUGAAAAGGGAACACUUUCAUCAUUACAUUUCUGAGAUACAUCCCUGCUAUUACCUGUAGUUGUAAUUUGUUCAUUUUUACUACUAUGUAGUAUUCCACUUUAUAAAUAUACUAUAAUUCAUGAUCUAUUCAACUGCUGAUGGACACUUGGACUAUGGCCAGUUUGGAAGUAUCAUGAAUACUGCUGCUAUGAACAACCUUGAUCAUGUCAUUUGGUGUACAUAUAUGCUCACUUCUUUUGGUUUUAUGCCCAGGAGCAGAAUUCCUGAGUCAUAGGGUUGAAAUAUGUUCACUUUAGUAGACAUUGCCUGUAUUAGUCUGCUCAGGUUGCCAAAACAAAAUAUCACAGGCCUUAAACCACAUAAACUUAUUUUCUCACAGUUCUGGAGGCUGGGAAGCCCAAGAUCAGAGUGCUGGCCUAUUCAGUUUCUGGUGAGGGCUCCUUUCUUGUCUUGAAGAUGACCACCUUCUUGCUGUGUCCUCACAUGGGAAAGACAGACAGCACAGAACAAUGAGCUCUCUGGUGUCUAUUCUUAUAAGGAUGCUAAUCCUAUCAGGUCAGGGCUGUAUCCCUGUGACCUCACUUAACCUUAACUUAAAGAUCUGAAGAAUUAUCAGCCUAUCCAUGUUGCAAAAAACUGAGAAAGCUCUUUCUGAAAAAAACACUAAGGUGUGGCUCAUGAUAAAGAGAACAUGAGUUUGACUUAGGUGGACUUUGCCAGUCAUUUCAACAGAAGCCAGGAAUACAGAUGAAAUUACACCUGUAGAGAGACUGCCAGUUUGAACUAAAGGGGACAGAGAAAGUGGGAUAUAAUGAAAGAAUGCAAUUGGACUUGGAGUUCCAUAGGACCAUAGGGACCAUAGAGCUAUUUGGCUGUGAAUGUGCUCUAUUCCUCAAGAAAAGGAAGAAUGAUGCGAAAGGCAUUUUUAGGGAUCAUCAGGGCUGCCACUCCCACCACAAGACCAGGAGAAGGGCUGGUGCCCUGUCUAGCCUAAGGGCCAGGGCCACCCCACACAGCCACAGUAGUGAUGCUGGCACCCCAGUGGACCUGGAGGGCAGAGCAUUGAGCCAAAGAGGGUUAUUCUUGAGCCUUAAGAGCUAAUGGAAUUUGACUUGCUAAGAUUUUGAACUUGCUUGGGACUCAUCACUCUCCUUCAUUCUGAUUUUUCCUUCUGGAAUGAGAAUAUCUAUUCUAUGCCUUUCCCACAGUUGUGUUUUGGAACCACAUGAGUUGUCUAAUUCCACAAGCUCACAUUUGAAGAGAAAUUUUGCCUUGGGAUGAAUUGUACUUGGAGUCUCAUUUACCUGAUGUAGAGGAUAUUUAGAUGAGACUUUGGACUUUAGAGUUGAUGUUAGAAUGAGUUAAGACCUUUGGGGCUGUUGGGAUGGAAUGAUGUAUUUUGCAUGCCUUAAAAACAUGCAUUUGAGGAAGGCAGGGGCAGAACGUUAUGGACUGCAUUGUGCCCCUCCUUGAAAAUCAUAUGUUGAAACCCUGACCCUGGUAGUAUUUCAAGUGAGGAAGUAAUUAAAGUCAAGUCAGGUCAUAAGGGUGGUGCCCUAAUCUGAUAGGAUUAGUGUCCUUAUAAGAGCAGACAUCAAAGAGCUUGAUCACUAGCUUUCUUUUCUCUCUGCCAUGAAAGACACAGUGAUACAGCAGCUGUCUGCAAGCCAGGAAGUAGUUCCUAAGCAGAAACUAAAUUGACCAGCAUCUUGAUCUUGGACUUCCCAGCCUCCAGAACUGUGAGAAAAUAAAUUUGUUAUUUAUGUCACCUAGUCUGGGUACUUGGUGACAGCCUGAGCCAACUAAUAAACUGCCAAACAAUUUUCCAAAAUUGUUGUACCAAUUUUUACUUCUCCCAGCUUUAUAUUAGAGUUCUAGUUGCUCUACAUCCUUGCCAACAUUUGGUAUUACCCAUAUUUUUAAUUAUAGCCAUUGUAGUGGGUGUAUAGUACUAUCACUCUGUGGUUUUAAUUUGCAGUUCUCUGAUUAUUAAUGAAGUCGGGCACCUGGGUUUUCAGCACAGAAUGUCUUCAUGUUAUCCUUGAAUGUGGGCCAAGGUAGCCAGGUCACAAGUAGUUGGUCUUUCUGUAAAUUCUUGCUCUGCUUUCUGACACCUGUGAUCUUAUCUGGACCAUUGGACAAAUGUUGAAUGUUUUGUCUGUGUGAUGGUAGAUGUUGGCCUAAGCAGAGGCUGCCAGUUCUCUACCAACUGCAGAUGAUACAAUAUGGGACAGUAUCUGUUAUACUUACAGUGUGGAUUCUGGAGCCAGAUUGCCUGAAUCUAAAUACCAGCUUUGAGCCUUUCUAGUUGUAAAAUCUUGGCAAGGUUUUAAAAUCUAGGCCUAUUUUUUUAGUUUGUAAAAUGUGGACUAACAAUGGUAGAUACACCAAAAAGGUUGUUGUGAGGAUUUAACACAUGUAAAAUAUUUAAAACAAUACCUGGUAUGUAGUAAGUCCUCAAUAAAUGUUAUCUAUUAGUAUUUCUAUAAGGAUGGUGUUACCAUUAUUACUCCACUUUAACCCUGACUCCUGUUCAGUGUAAAUACCCUCAAGGUUCUAGCUGCAACCAACCCUGGACUGACUCUCCUUCACCCCAUGGUGCCAUCUGCCACGGGGGCCUGCCCUGGUCAAAACCUACCCAUAGGCCAGGUGUGGUGGCUCAUGCCUGUAAUCCUAGCACUUUGGGAGGCCGAGGCAGGCAGUUCACCUGAGGUCAGGAGUUCGAGACCAGCCUAGCCAACAUGGCAAAACCCUGUCUCUACUAAAAAUAUAAAAAAAUUAGCCAGGCAGGGUGGCACACACCUGUAAUUCCAGCUACUCGGAAGGCUGAGGCAAGAGAAUCACUUGAACCUGGGAGGCAGAGGUUGCAGUGAGCUGAGACUGUGCCACUGCCCUCCAGCCUGAGCGACAGAGUGAGACUCCAUCUCAAAAAAACAAAACAGAAAACCUACUCAUAAACUGUUGGAGCAUCACUGAGUUACUAUGGCACCAAAAAUGUAAGGGAGUUAGGAAGGGACAGUGAAGUGGGCGUUGGGAUGCCUGAGUUCAAGGGUUUGUCUUGCUACACAAUUGCAACAUCACCUUAAUCUUCUCUGGGCCUUUAUUUUGUUUUACUAUUUUAUUGAGGUAGAAUUUUAUACUAAAAUACACAAAUCUUAACUGCACAGUUCUUAACUUUGUAUACACUGUACAGUCACCAUUAAGUUCAAACCCAUCAUUCCAGAAGGCUUCCUCAUUUGUCCUCUUGGUCAUACCUCCACCCAAAGGUAAGGAUUGUUCUGACCACUCUCACCAUUGAUGAGUUUCAUCUGAGCCUGUAUUUCUGUCUGCAGAUGAUGAAGCUGGAUUGGGCUUCUUUAGGCUCAACACUCCUAGCUCUGACAAUCUGCUUAUCUCUAAUUCCUUUGUUUUGAAAUUCAGUUGGCGUGGGAAACUGUGAAUUUGUGCUUGCCAGGAAUGCUGGGAGCUGCCUUUGUAAAUAAGCUUCUUGAUGUGAAGCUGCAGCAAGUCUCAAAGGGUUGGGUCUCCCUUCCUCAUCCCCCAAAGCCACAGAACACUCAUGCAGCUGGGCUGUACAGGGAGCCCUUGGUGUCCUGGUGACCUUUCAUGCCAGGCCAUGCUCAGAUGCACAACUAGCAGUGCUGUGUAGGGAGGUUUGGGACCAGCCUCAGAUUACACACAUUUCCCAGGAAGGGGUAGGGAUGCUGCUGUGGCAGGACUCUGUUGAGGCUGUGGCCUUCCCAGUGAGCUGGGAGAGCUGGAAAGGACAAGGUUAUCCUGGGGACGGGCUGGGUAUUCCCAACCUGAGCUCCUACAUCCACCCAUGAUGAAUGCAGGGGCAGGGGAUGAGUGAAAGGUAAGGGGCUGCUGUCUGGCAAGGCUUCCCAAAGUCAUCUUCCAGCCCGCAAGAAGUUCACUGCUCAUGGAAGAGUAAGAAAAGGGGUACUCUAGGACGUGUUACCUGAGGAUGAAGUCAGGGUACAUCUCAGAAGGAGACUGUGGACAGGUGAGGACCCCAAAGAUCCUCUGAAUCCUACAGACUUGGUCCAAAUCAAACAUUCAACAUGCAUUUCCAGGGAUGUCACCCCCUCCUACUGGCAGUUCUCAGCAAGAUCUUUAUUGUUACCAUGGCCACAUAGGACAAGGAGAGCUUUGGGAAGGUCAUGUAUGCACGGAUGGAACUGUCACAUGCCAUUGUGCAGGUUGUGCACUGUACAACUGCAGGAGAUGGAGGUGGCACUUUACAUUGUUGCCUAGGGAAUAUAGACCAAGCCAGGAUAAUGGUAUUUCUGACCUCUCCUAUGAAAACUUACAUAUUCCUCCCUAAGCAUCACACUUGAUAGGAAGCCUGAAAAUGCUGAAAGACAAUUUCUGAGGCAAUAUAUAGUGAUUAAGAACCAGACUAUAUGGGUUCAAAUCCCAGCCAUGCUACUUACUAACUGAGUCUCUUAGGUGAGUGUCUCCUCAUGCCUCAGUUUUAUUGCCUGUAAUGAAAUUGGCUGGUGGUUGGUGGUCCCUUGGCUUGUAGCAGCAUAAGAGAGAAUAUAGUAGUACUAACUUUGUGGAGUUGUUUUAAGGAUUAAAUAAAUCAAUGCACAUAAAGCGUUUAGAGAACAAAAUCUGUUACACAGUCAUCGCUUACUAAAUGUUGGCUAUUAUUACUAUUACCAGAUUGGUAAAGACACUCUAGACCAUGUCCUUGAGUUAAUAGAGUAGGAAUUGUUUAGCUUAAAAAGAGAACAGAUUUAAGGGGGACGUUAAAACUCCUUCCAAAUUAUAAGGAUGCAGAUUUUUGGCUUAGCGUGAGGAAACUCUUCCCAAUCAUUGGCUCAGGUUAUUUUGACAUCUCCGUCAUCAGCACUGAGCCAUGUUUGGCAGGCUCCAGGGACAUUCUGAAGGAUUUUUAUAUCAUGUAGACUCUUAAGCUAAGAAAUUCCUAAGGGCUCUUGCACCCUGGAAUUCUAUGACUUUUUAAUUCAUUACCUUGUCCAAAUCAAGGUAAUGGCUUGUAGCAGCAUAACUCCACCCUUCACAUGACAUUCUCUGUGUGUGUGUCUGUGUCCAAAUUGCUCCUUUUUUAUGAACAGCAUUCGUGUGCCAGAUACUGUUCUUGGCCCUGGGAAAUGGAUGAACCAGAAAAAAAGUGACUGUCCUUGUGAAGCUAUAUUCUGGUGCUAGAAACAGACUAUUCUCUAUUUUCUAAUCUUCAAAUCUUCACCACAGCCAAGAUUUGAACUUGUUUCUCUCUUGAGCAUUGCCUAUGGGGCAACAUUUGAGCUUCAUGACUGGGAUUUCAGCCAGCAAUGGCCAAGAAUGGUGAAAGUGUAAGAAGGGCAAGAAGGCAGGACUGCAGGCUGGCCCCGUUCAUCUUGCUGACUUUGUAAGACGGUUAAGCAAGUACUGAGUGCAUUUGAGGAACUGAGUAUCUGUAGGCAUUUUCUAAAGAAAAAUGUCAAAAUAAAAUGGAGAGAUUAAAUGCAAAAGUGGUUCAUGUCCUAUGGGGAAAUAAAAUUAUAGCCUUUCAUGUGAUCUUUUCUACACAGACAGAAAUCUAGGAGUUAGCAUACAACUUCAUAGUGUCUGAGAGAGAAUCAAAAGGUAAAUAGCAAAGUCAAACAUGAGCACAUUCUCUUGGAAAAUUACAUACUCUUGGGUGGGCCCGUUAAUGUCCCAGGAUAAUAUUAAAAGGACAGGCCACUUCCCCUCUUUGUUUUUGCCUUAUUUCUAGGUUUCAGGUAUUUUUCUUACUCUUUUCACAAAGUUUGUUGAAGGUCGAGGGACACUCCAGGCCACUAGUGACUCAGUGACUCUUAUGGGUCACAGCCUGACCAUCUGACCUUUUCCCCUGCAGAAGUUUCCCAGGGCUUCCAUAACAAAGUACCACAAGCUGCGAGACUUAAACGACAGAAAAUUAUUGUCUCACAAUUCUGAAGCCUAGAAGUUCGAGAUCGGUCUCAGCAGGGCCAAGCUCCCUCUGAAGAAGGCCUAGGAAAGAUUCUACUCCAGGCACUCUCCUAACUUCUGCUGGUCCCUUGGCUUGUAGCAGCUUAACAUCACCCUUCACAUGGCAUUAUCAAUAUGUGCGUCUGUGUCCAAAUUGCCCCUUUUUAUAAGGACACUACUCAUGUUGGAUUAAGGGUCCAUUCUACUUCUGUGUGACCUCGUGCAAAUUUAAUUAUAUCUGCAAUGACUCUAUUUCCAAAUAAGAUUACAUUAUGAGGUACUGGGGGUUAGGACUUUAACAUAUGAAUUUUGGGGUGACACAAUCCAACCCAGUUCACCUCCAAAUGGGAAGAGUGGAAAUGGAAACCUGACUCUCACUUUCUAGGCCAAAAAUGGUCUCCCAUCACUUCCUCUCUCAUUUCACUGGCCAGACAUGGUAACAUGGCCCUGCCUGACUCAGAGGGGUAGCAAGUUGUGGUUUUCUGUGUGUCCAGGAGGUCUUGUCUUUGUCACAAAAACUUAGAUAUUUUCUAAGUCAAUGUCAUCUCUGACAAAUAAGAAAAAAUAAGAAAAUGGCAUCUGGGAUGUGAAUUGACUUGCCUGAAGUCACACUGCAAGUUACUGGCAAAGAUGGGACUAGGAAGGAUGCCAGUAUUUUGACUUCCAGUUUCUCCUUCAUUGUUUCUUUCAUUCAUUCAUCAAACAUAUGAUAGAUUGUCUUUUAUGAAGUCCUCAUAUUUUGGAAAGUUUCAUUUUCCUUGAAGAAGAAGCUUGGUCUGGCAAUAAAAAACAAAAAUUGACAAGUGGAACCUAAAGAGUUUCUGCAUAGCAAAAGGAAUUAUUAACAGAGUAAACAGACAACCUACGGAAUGGGAGAAAAUAUUCACAAACUAUGCAUCUGAUAAAGAUCUGCUAUCCAGAAUCUAUAAGGAACUUAAACAACUCAACAAGCAAAAACAAAUACCCCAUUAAGAAUGGGCAAAGGACAUUGAACAGACACUCCUCAAAGGAAGACAUACAAGGAGCCAACAAACAAUGAAAAAAUGCUCAUCAUUACUAAUCAUCAGAGAAAUGCAAAUCAAAACCACCAUGAGAUACCAUUUCACACCAGUCAAAAUGGCUGUUAUUAAAAAGCGAUAGGAAUAGUUUUGUAGAGCAACUUAUAACGGGACCCAGUGGGGCCCAGAAAUAUUGGAGACCCAAAGACAGCUUGGGCUGGACAAAGGGACACAUUUCACAUCUGUGUUUAAACCUUUUGAGAGACUGUGCUUCAGUGCCAUUUAAAAAGUUCACUCUGUUGUCGUUGUGAUAUUCCCAGGUCUCAGAGAAGGCCUUGGAUAGGAGAAAGCAGAGUGUCACUAAUCAAAUUAGUGAGGUGAAGCUGCUGAGAACCAUGCUAAUUGGUUAAUGCGUAAACAUAACCAUUUUAUUUAAAUUAGCAGCAAAUUUCAAGCAAUCCUCAAAAUAACUGAGAAUAUUAGCCCUGAUUAGUGUAACAGCCCGGAAAAUUUCUUCUGGUGGGAAACAUACAAUAGUGGGGUCUCCCCACCAGGUCUUUAUUCAAUCAAUCACUCAUUCAUUUGCUCAUUCAACAAACAUGCGUUGAGUGUUAUUUUACGUCAAGCAUUACAAGACAAAAAGGCAGCUUUGCCCAAGUCCCUGCCCUGGAGGAGUUCCUGUCUGGAGAGGGAGGCAGGAACUUAGAUGAUCACAGUUUAUACAAUGAAAUCUUACAACCUACUGCUCCACACUCCUUUCCCACUAGCCCACAAAAAGAGAGAGCAGGAAUAAAACCAGGUCUGGGGAUUUCUCCCAUUCUUUCUGCCUAAAUUUACUAGACUGUAAAAGACACAGGGUUUUCGGGGGAGUGCUUUUUCUAUGGAAAGGUAAAUUGUUGGUUAUAGGAGAAGAAAGAUGAAAGCGACUUUAAUUCCUUCUGACGUUUUUGAAAUACUAAAGCUGCCACAUUUAUGCUUCAGGAAGUGCUUUGACUCAAGGUUUAAAGAUUAGAGUUGAGAUGAAAGAAGUACUCUAUUUUAACCUGGAGAUGAAUUCCACGAAGCCAUCACCUCUCCCCUGUGUGGUAUUGGCCCCAGUGUCCGCAGGGGCAUUAAAGACCUCUCAUGGAUUGUGCUUGCACCCCCAUACCUUUCACGUCACAUCUCAGAGACAAUUGCAGAAGUUUUCCUUUGUGCGCCAAGAAUUUAAAUGUCUAGCCACUUCUCUGUGGCCUUUGGCAAAUUUCUCCAGUUUUCUAUGAUUUUUGUCUAUAAAUAAAUAAGAAUACCAGGCGCUGGGUGGCUGUGCAGUUUGGAAAAACCCCUGAGUUGAUUUCUUGUGCCCUCCAUGACUCCGUGGCGUGUGGUUUCAUUGCUCAGGUGUCUGCUAGUGAAUGGUAUUGGGGAACCCCAACCAGGUAAUGUUCAGGGGAGCCUCGCACACUCCUGCAGCUAUUUCUAGUCACCUCCAGCUCUGCAUUAUUUAGGGACUAAUCCAGUUAGGGUUAAUUGGGUCUCUGUAUUUAUUGUCCUCUGAGCUGUCACCUCACACGGUUCCAGGGGCCACCAUUCAUGUCAGUACAGAGUGAUGCGGGGACUGGCCCUGUGAGGCUCACUCUCGGCAGCCACCCUCAGCUUCUGUUUGUCACACGUUCAGUUUCUCGGUGCAGGAUGGUUGUUUGAGGGGGUGCAGGGUAGUGGUGGAUGUGCAAUGUGGUAGAAAGAGUGUGGACAUGAGGUCAGAUAAGGGCUGGGGGUCCAGGCCCAGUUCUGCCCGUACCACAUGUAUGACGGGGGCAAGUGAUCUGAUCUUUCUAACCUGUUAGGUUCAUAAUCUGUAAAGUUGGGAUGUAACUUGCACAUCACUGAAUGAUUAUGAGGGAUGUGAUGGCCCAUAUGCCAUGAUGCCUGGCCCGGUGCCCCACGUGUGAUGGUGAUGGUAGGUGUUACUAUGCCUCACCCAAGAGCAAACUCUACACAGGUGAAGAAAGGGGACAUCGGAGGCUAAGAGUUGGGCUGAAAACCUGCGGUUAUCCCCACUCCAGAGUCCCUGGGCUGGGGUGGCUCCCUUCAUUCCAGCAGCCCUUUGAGAAUCCAUGAAGACCCAUGCCUAACGUAUCCUUGCCUGUGUUCCAGAGCUCAGGAACGUGCUAUUCUGUCUGUCUCCUCAUUGGUAAGUGAUGAUGGAGUGAGUUGUUUCAUUAAUCCAGCCUGCAGUCUCACUCUUUCCUGAUGGCACCACUGAAAGGAAGUGAAUGGACCUUGCUAGGUCCACCUGGCUGUGAAUCUCAGCUCCACCACUGGUUAGCUUGUGACCUGGAACUGAACACAUAAUUUCUCUUGACCUCAAGUAUCUGUAACUUAAAGCUUAGUUCAUAGGAAAUACCAUUUAACUGUGGGUUAUAUUGUUUUUAUGUCUUAAUAUAUAAUAUUUAUAUAUCUGUUUAUGCAUUUACUUCUGUAUGUACAUAUAUAUACACACUACACACACACACACACACACACAUAUAAUUAGUAUGUGUCCAUCUCUGCUAGACACUUUCAGUAUGUCAGUUGAUGUAAUCUUAAAACCACCUUGCCAGCUUAUCCUCAUUUGGCUCAAACAUGUAAAGAUAUCCCUAGGCCCCACCACCAAUAGUUGAGUGUGUAGGUCAUAAGUCCUAGAACAUGAUUGUAGGUUUUACUAUGUCACAGCCAGGAGCAACUGCUCCCACGGCGAAGGCUGGGAAGAGGAGGGCUACCGCCCAGCAGCGCUGCUUUCUCUACCAGCACUGACUCCUUAGAAUCCACAGCCUCCACAGGGCAUAGCCCAAAGGACUUUCACAGCUGCCCCCUGGAACCUGCCUGCAGUUAUCCCUGAUUCUCAGGCCACCCAGAGCUGGUGCCCAUUCUCUGGGUGAGGUGAGCACCCAGCCAGCUUCCCACCCUGCUUUUAGAAAGAACCUUAUUUCCAUUUCUCUUUUGGUAGUUGCAAAAGAGAGGCAGACCAGCCAUCUCCUGCCUGGACACAUCAGCUCAGGGUCAGGGGAGCAGGCAGACAGGGAGGGAGCCAACGGAUGUUAUAGGCACGCAGAUGUUAGUGCCGCAGUGUUAACCUUCUGUGCAACAAGUGAUGGUGAACUCUGGGCUGCUCCUGCAGCUUCCAUGCUUAAAAAAAGGAGCUGCUUGAUUUGUUAUUCAUUCCACAUGAUAUGUUCUUCACUUCAUGUCCAAACUCCACAAUUAGAGUUGUAAACAGUGAGUUUUGCAUGACUUUUAUUAAACUCCUGCAGGCCGGGGAGAAGCAGUCAUUAGCAGCUCCACAGUGGGCCAAUGUUCAGACUCACUAACCAGAGAGGGGCUGAGUCUCUUGCCCUCCACCCACCGUUCUCUGGACAGUCUUGCUUCCCAGGCCUCUCUGGCCUUGGGGACAGGUCACCAAACCCAGUGACAGAGGAGCUAAUUUUAGAUCCCACCUAGGCUCUGUGCUCUCUGCCAAGUCACAUUACCUCACUGAGCCUCCCUGAUCAGUAAAAUGGGGGCGGGUGCUGUUAAAUAAAGUAACAAACCUGCAUGUGCCUAGCACCAAAUCAGGCACAGAACUGGGCUCAGUAAUACUGGUCUCUCGUUCAAACUGGAGUAAUCUCUCAACAAACAUUCAUGAUUAUUAAAGGUAGCUUGCAUUUGUUGCUUACUGUUUCUAGGCAUCUUUCUAAGUGCUUUGUAUAUCUAAGCUCAGUUAAAACUCUCAAUGGCCCUUUGAAGUAAGCACUGCUAUUCUUUACAGGUGAGAAAACUGGGGCUUAAGGCAGGUAUGUAACUUGCUCAAGGUUACACAAUUACCGAGUGGUAGAACCUGGUUUGGAACCAGGUUGCCUAACUUCAGACCCCAUGCUCAGAGCCAUGACUCAGUACUGUCUCCCUAGUUUAGUUAAACAUGUGGCCCCUGCUCUCAGGAAGUUCUCUAGACAGAGACAGAACAAUAAGCCAUCACAGGGUGGUGUGAUGCCAGCUUGGCACACAGGCAACAUGCAGUGCACACUUGCUCGUGAGUGAAGGUUGCAAUGAGAAUAUGGGAUGGACUUCCUGAUUAGUCAACUACCCAGGCAUCCUCUUCUCCUUAGGAUCUACAGGAAAACGGAAUCUAAUUUGCAGUUUUCUCCCUGACAGUACUGAUGGCAGGUUUCUAAGAUAUGGUUGGAGGAGAUUUGAAAAUAUCUCUCAAUCAGCGCUACCCUUCCCCAUCCACCCUGGGCUUGAACACAGGCCACGGGCUCAUCAGCUCCCUCCUGGCUUGUGAGGGCUGUCUGCACAUGCCUCCUGCCUUUAAGGUUCUCCACUUUCUCUGAGGAAUUGGGGUACUCAUCUCCCCAUUGGGAGAUAUCUAAUCUCAGCAUUCCAGGGCCCGAGCAUUAGAGCCAAAGCCCCCCACUUCCCUUCUCCCCUUUCUUAUCCCUCAAGCCUCAGCCAAAAGUCUGCUUCUUUAGGGCAGUCUUUCCUGACCAUCCCGUCUAAGGUGUCCUUACUUGUUAUUCUUAGAUCUCUGUACCUUGUCUGAGUUUUUCACAGCUCUUGGAUUUGGUGAUUCUUUGUGAAUUGUUACACCUGAUGGUCUUUCUCCACCACUAGAUGGUGAGUUCCUCCAGGGAGAGGCCUUUGUUUUAUUCUCCAGGUAUCCCCUUGUUCCUAGUGCACCGCCUGGCACAGGGAAGCCACUCAAUGCACCUCUGUUUCCUAAAUGAAUGUUAAGAAAGUUGUUGAUUUUUUAUGUAAAUGAAGGCUUAGCCAGUCUUCCUCACAGAGCCCUCCUAGCAGCCUGCAGACACACAGCCUUUGAAAAUUCCCGGCCUUAAUCUGAAGCCUGUUUUUUCUUCUGUAAAAUGGGGUUAAGGCCAUCUACCUUGUAGAGGCUUUGUGAAGAUUAAGAGGACGGAUACAGCUGACCCUUGAACAACAUGGGUUUGAACUGCAUGGAUCCACUUAAAUACAAAUUUUCUUCUGCCUCUGCCACAGCAAGACAACCCCUCCUCUUCCUCCUCCUCAGCCUGCUGAACACAAAGAUGCCCUCCACCCACCAUUCUUUGGAAAGUGAAGAACUUUAUGAUGGCCCAUUUCUGCUUAGUAAAUUUUUCUCAUCUUUGUGAUUUCUUAUUUCUAUUUUCUUUUCUCUAGCUUACUUUAUUGUAAGAAUUCAGUAUAUAAUACACAUAAAACACAAAAUAUGUGUUAACUGUUUAUGUUAUCCAUAAGGCUUCUGGUCAACAGUAGGCUGUUAGCAGUUAAGUUUUGGGGGAGUCAAAAGUUAUACAUGGGCCGGGCACGGUGGCUCACGACUGUAAUCCCAGCACUUUGGGAGGCCGAGGUGGGCAGAUCAUGAAGUCAGGAGACCAUUCUGGCUAACACAGUGAGACCCCGUCUCUACUAAAAAUACAAAAAAUUAGCCAGGCAUGGUGGCGGGCACCUGUAGUCCCAGCUACUCAGGAGGCUGAGACAGGAGAACGGCGUGAACCCGGGAGGUAGAGCUUGCAGUGAGCCGAGAUUGCGCCACUGCACUCCAGCCUGGGCAACAGAGCGAGACUCCGUCUCAAAAAAAGGAAACUUACACAUGGAUUUCCAACGGCAUGGGGAGUCAGCACCCCUAACCCCUGCAUUGUUCAGGAUCAGCAGCAAAUAGGAUGCUUGGCACCAUGGCUGGCAAACAUGAAACCCUCAAUCAACCAGGUAAUCACUGUUAUUGCUAAUAUUAGUCUUAGUUGUUAUUAGUCAAGAUAAGAGCUGGCAGAAUCUGUAUCUGUUUAUCACAUUCAGUAUAUUUUUAUGGCGACCUGGGAUGGGAGCUUGAGAGAUGUGCCCUCCCCUACUGGGAUAGAAGCCAGCCCCUGGUUAUCUUUCUUAAUGAUGGGCCAGUUGCUAUGAGCACAGGUUGGAAAGGAGCAGGGGACACCUCCUUCUAUCAGUGUCUCUCCUGCCACCAAGUCAUGCUAGCACAUGAAGCUGACCUGCCUUUCCAUUUGACUCAACCCCCAGGCAGGAAACAUGUAAACUCCUCAGACCCCAAGGAUUUGGCAGGGCUGCUUUCACUAACACUUCCCCUUGCAGCUUUCUAUAAUUCAUUCCCCCAUUCAAAAUGGUCUUGCAAAACCACACCCAGGAGAGUCCAGGAUAUGAACAGCAAGCCAGUGACAGAGUAUAAGUUGCAAGAGUUCCAUCUCCCUAAUGGCAUGUAUACCGUGCCCUCCCCGAAGGCACUUCCUCUUUCAUUUGAAGCAGGAAGUGGGGAGGUUUUCCUAUGAUGUCCCUUGCACCAAGUGUAGAAGUAGACCUUCAAGAAGUUGGGUACUUGAGUUGCUGCUCUUUGGUCCCGUUUCUUAGUAGGGUAUCACCAACCUUUUAGGUGGGGCAGUUCUUUACUGCGUGGGACUGUCCUAUUCAAUGUAGGAUGCUUACCAUUCUUUGACCCUGACACCAGCAGUGUCCAUAUAAGACCAAAACAUCCCCAUACACCUCCAAAAGGCCUCUGGAGGAGGUGGUACCACUCCUGGCUGAGAAUCUGAGAAGGGAGAGUAAAUAAAGAAGCUCUGGGAUUUGGGAAUGGCUGGCGGCAUUGAGUGUGGGUAUCUGAAUAAUGUUUAUAUCAGGGCAACUUAAGGAAAUGCUUGUCUAUUGCAAGACAGUUCCUAAGGAGAUGUGUUCAGAAUAUAUCACGGGCAUAAAUGGAUUCUUAUAUUUGAUUUUCCCAAGUAACCCAAUUGUUACCACAUUGCCUUUGUCCCAGAUGCUUUUUCUGAAAUCGGUUUGUUGCUCUGCAUUAGCCCUGCCUGGGUAGAGCUUUGGUGGAGUCCUUGAGGUUAGCACUGUCUUAAUAUACUGGGAAUUUAAGCAGAGCUGGGCCCUCUAAAUCAAUCACCAGAACAGCUUUAGUUUUUUUCUUGCUCAAAAAUGCACUAUUAAAUGCAGAAACACGUAUGGGAGUGGAGGUUGGCUUGGGUGAAGGACACGUUUUAAAAGAAAAAUUUUAUAACAAUUUUUUCUGCAGGAAAAAGGACUUGCUGGUCUUGCUUCUUGUACAACUGGGCUACGGAAUAGAUUUACAUCUCCGCAGCAUUUUUAGCAUCCUUGGAAUACGCUGGGUUGUUCAGAAGUCACCUAAUCAUAUUUUCUUGGGGCACUCCAGGUGUUUAACAAAUACAUGUUGAACAAAGGAACAACUAAAUUAAUGGAAAAUUAACUAAAGCUUUUUAAGUGGUGAUUACAAAAUGGAAUGAGCCAGUGUUCCCCUUCUCGCACCCUCUGGGGGCUUCUUGGGUGGCAAGGUUCACCCUGUCCUUGGGACCUGAGGACAGUUGAAUCCAAGGGAGCAUUUCAUCCCUCAUAAUGCGUGCCUUGGUUUUAGAAUGUCUGGGAGGACAUGGCAGUGAGAAAACCUCUAUCUGAGGAAGCAAAUGAGGAAGUGGAGUCAGCAAGUGUAGACUUCUCUUGCUCAGAGUUUUCUGUGAAGGGAUGGGGGCCCUGGCCAUCAGAAGGGAUGUGGGGUUGAAAGGAGGUGUGCAUUUGGAUUUGCUUUUUAAAGAAAGCAAUAAGGGAACAUGUUUUGAGACUGAAGGGAAGAAAUAAGUAGAGAGAUCUAUUUAAGGGGGCAAUUAACAAAGCAAUAUCCCUGGGGGUGGGGACAGGGUGAGGAGAGGUGGGAUGGUCCUGGAGGACAGGAAAUGAACUUCUGCUGAGGCCCAGGAGGAACAAGUUUGCAGGCUGUCUUGCAACUGAAGCAUAAGGGGAUCUGGGUAUGUGAGAGAAUGGAGAAGGUUUAGAAACCCUGCAGAGUGAAAGUGGCUCAGCUGCUGAGCAGGUACCCAAAGAAGUAAUACUAGGUUGUGUUGAAGUACCUGGUUGAGGUUAAAGAUCAUGAGUUUGUGGUGGAUUUAAUUUACCCAGUUCCAUGAAUUUUCUCUGGUAGUGCUAACAUCCAGGGAACAGGUGUGGAGAAGGUGAACAAGGCUAUAGAGGUGGGGUUUACAGGGUGUAAAAAGCAGAAAAAGUAAGGAAUUUAAAAAUUGAAGCUGCUAGCAAGAGUGCCAUUAUUGAAAAUAGGGUGCAGCAUUUCUAGGGAGAGGUCAGGAAAGAGUGGUAAGUAUAGAAGGAAAGAAAGAAAAUUAUCAUUCCAAAGGCCUCAAUUAGGUUGAUGAGCAGGGAUUGGGAAGUAAGAGAGUGGGUAAUCAAGAUUAAUAGGUGUGUCAUUUUGUGUUGCUAUAACCUGAGGCUGAGAAAUUUAUAAUGAAGAGAAAUUCAUCAGCUCAUGGCUAUGGCAGCUGGGAAGGCCAAUAUCAAGGGGCCAGCAUCCGGUGAGGGCCUUCUUGUGGUGUCAUCCCAUGGUGGAAGAGUAGAAAGAAGGGCUAGAGAGGGGACUAAACUUGUCCUUUUACAAGGAACCCAUUCCCUUGAUGAUGGCACUAAUCCAUUCAUGAGGGCAGCGCCCCAGUGAUCCAAACACCUUCCAUUAGGCCCUACCUCCCAGCACCACCACAUUGAGGAUCAAGUUUUCAACACAUGAACUUUGGGGGACACAGUCAAACCACAGCAAGGUGAUUGGGCAAAAGUAGGGCAAUGGAGUAUUAGACUUCAGAGGUAAAGUAGUUUGGGGCACUAAGAGCUGGGGUCUAGGUGUGGGUGGGCUAAAGUGGAACACAGCAUACCACCCCAGAAUUGAGGCCACAGUGCAAUGUGAAUGCUGCCCAGUGUGAUGUAGAGGAAGCUGUGAGCCUGGUGCCAAAGACCUUGAUGGACGUAGCUGACUGCCUGGCACUUAAGUGAGAAGAACAACAUGGGCAGAGGGCAAUGGUGUCUGAUGUCUGAUUCUUACAGAGGAGAUGUUUUUUACACUAGGAUGGAAGAGUGGAGGUGUAGAAGAGGCACCAGGGGAGAGGAGAGUGUCAACUCCACCUUGAAUCCUGAUUAGAGACUCAGCAGAUUCAAAAAGGCAUGAGUAGGCAUCCUCCAGGAAGAGCCUUGUUUGGUGGGAAAGGAAAGGUUUGUUUUGUUGGAAAGGGCCAUCCUGGAAUGAUACUGGGGGUUUGAUAAGAGGCUUCAGAAGGCUCAAGAGAAGGCUUAGGAGGGAGGGCAAGGAAGGGAAGGUCAACUGGGGAUGAAGCACAGAGCAUAUCAGGGGUGGAGUGAGGAUAAGAAACCCCCACAAAGACAAAAAUUAAUCUCAUGUAGGGACAUAUUUAGUGAAUUGCCUUUAUUGAAAGUAACAUAUCUUCAUGAAAAUAGACAAUGAAAUGAAUAUCUGAGAGUGGUUUCCUCCAGGAAAUCUGUGCUAUGUGAUUUCCACCAUCGCUUACAUGGCGAGGUUCUUCCUGCCAUGCCAGGAAGUGGUGAGUAGAGUGGUAUAUGGAGAUAGAACCAUUGAAGAUUUUUCUUCCAGGGAGUCUUCAUGAUCCAUCUUCCACUGGAGUUUCCUCUAAGGAAUUCCCUGUGGCUAAGGUAAAGCCAUAAGGAAGUUCCAUGAGAACUGGGAGGAUUGGAGGAAGUGGGUAUCAGAAUCAUAUUGAGAGAAACAACAUCUCCUUGUACUGCAGCCACUGUUGUCACCCUUGGCCCCCAGCUUUUGUGCUCAGGACAAAGCGCCCACUUCCAAAACUCUGUCUGUCCUCGUGGCAACUGAACUUUGUUCCCAUCACAUUGCUCCAGUAUUUCAUGCUACAUUCCGUCCAGGACCAUCAGGGCUGUAUGGAGUUUCCACUGUGCCAAAGGAAGGAAUCAGCAUCCCAGUUACCAUGAAGAAAAGAGGGCUGGGAGUAGUGACCUUGGGGGGUCAAGGAUGCCUUCCUGAAGAGCUGCUUCUGGACCUUAAAGGAAGAAAGAGUGGGAUAUGCACCAGCAAAGGCAGAGAAGAACACUUCAAAAGUGGGGGCCACAUGUGGAAAGGGGUAGCAUCAGAACCUUUCCUUCUUUCCUCUUGAAGAAGCAGGGCAUUGUGAUGGUUGAGGUGGGCUUUAGGGCCAGAUGACUUGAGUUCAGAUCCCAGCUCUGCCAGUUUUCCUGUUUGAUAGCAAAUUGUUGCUAUCCAAUAAUUUACCUCUCUUUCAUUCUUUUUUCUCAUCUAAAAAUGGACAUGCCCUCAUCUCUUCCCCAGGGUUAUUUAAAUAAGUAUGUAUAAAGCAUUUGACAUCCCUGACAUAUAGUGUGAACUCAUUAAAUUGGAAAUAUUAUCAUUAUAAUAAUUUUUGUCCAUCAGGAGGGGAUAAAAUGAAUGUAAUUUGCUGAACACCUACCUUGUGUGCCAUAUGCUUUACAAACACCUGUAAAAAUGAGGUACCCGUAUCAGAACAAUUUACCAUAUAACAAACUACCCCAAAAUUUGGUAGAUUGAGACACAUCCAUUUUUUUUUACCUGAGAGCAGACAAUUUGGGCUAGGCUAGACUGGCCCUAUCUUCUGCUAGUCUCAGCUGGGCUGACUCAGGCAUCUGUGGUCAACUGCUGCUCAGCUAGUUGACUCUGCUUCUGGAGACUGGCUGACAGUCGGCUGGAGUGAGAGGCUUCUGGGCCAUGUGUGUGUUAUCAUCUCACAGGCUAGGCCAGGCUUCUACACAUGGUGGCAGGCACAGGGCAGCAAGAGAAGGCCAGCACCAAUGCACGAGUGCUCAUCAGGUCUAUGCUUGUGUCACAUAGGUGAUGCACAUUUCAUUGGCCCAAAGUAAGACACAGCACAGCCCAGACUCGAUAAAGGGAGAAAUGAAGUGAAGGGAAGAGCUGCGCAGUCACAUUGCCAAGUAGUUUGUGUGCGAGGAUGGGAAAUAUCUGUGGCCAUUUGUAUAACACGUCACAAUGCCUCAUCAUGUUCACUUUGUAUUAUUUUAUUCAUUUGUUCACUCAUUCAAAAAUAUUGAGUGCUCAUCUUGUGGUAUGGCAAGAAAAGGGAUCCCCAAUAUGAAUGGCCUUAGUUUUGUAACACUUUCUCUGUCAUAGUGCAAUCCAUCUGGCAUUGCUAUCUGAGGUCUGUAACAUCCAAUAAAGACAUGAGCUGGAGGAAAGCAGGUUAUAUUUUCCCCAGGGACAAGGAAAAUGGAGAUGGAGAUGGUGUUGGAGCAAGUGAAAUAGAGAGAUUUAUAUCUGCAGAUUAAAAUCAGCCACCAUUAUUUUAUCCACAUGAACUCCACUUUUUUUUUCUGGGCUAACAUCUUCCUACUGGAUCUUAACCUGCAUAUUGUAUUACUAUGUUCUUUCCUACAUCCUUCUGAUCACCAAGAUUGCUAGUGAGUCCAGAUCCCACAUUGACCGUAUGUUAUCUGUGCAUACUCGUGCACAUGCAUGCACGCACACACACAUACAUACACACACAUGCACACACAGACACACACACAUUCCACCACUCUCACUGGGAAUAUUCUAAGCUCUGCUUAAUGCUGUGCGGAAUAACUGUUGUAUGCUAAAAAGGUAUUGAGCCUCCUCAUUUCUCAGGAGGACCAGGUAAGGUCUAGACAUGGCAUAGACUAUGUCCUGGGGAGAGACCCCAUUCUAUCCAAGUCAUUAAUCCACUGGGCUAUAUGGAGAGUGAUGUCCAAGGUCCACAACUGGCCAGAGAGCAGCUUAGAGGAGUUUUGGAGUAAGGGGUACGAGGCAGGCACCAGGGAGUGCACUGCAUGAAUUUCUGGAGUCCAAAUGUCCCUGGAAUAAUUUAUUAACACAUUACUUGAUUCAAUUAAUAUGUUUUGAGUGUAUAUCAUGUAAUAAGCAGAGGUUCAUUAAUAGAGAUAUAAGGGUGGGCAAGACAAACAUGGUGUCUGCCCUCAGGGAACUUGGAAUCUAAAGGGGGUGACUGCUGUUACAGUAGCAUCCCUGACAGCUGACACCAAGCACAAAUCCUUCUAUGUAAUUCUGCCAACAUCCUCGGAGGUUGGCAGCAUUUUUAGCCUGUUUCCACUGAUGAGUAAAUUGAGGGGAUGAAUGGCUGUGUAAACUGUCUCUAGUCACAUAGCUCGUGGGUAGUGGGGGCAGAGACUUGAGUCGAGGCAGUUUGGAUCCCGACUCAGUCUUUCUUGAAUCACCCCUCCCCUCCACCCACAAUGGAUCAAGUCUCAUUGGUAUAUAUGUUCAAAGUUUCUUGUACUUUUCCUUAAGAGCAUGCAUUGCAUUUAGAAGUUCUAUUUUGGUGUGAUUAUUUGGGGAGGAACCUGUCCAUCAGUUCAGUCUUCCUUAUGCUCCAGUAAUGUAUGACCUCAAAAUCUCAAUGGCUUACUGGGCCCUACUGCGUGUCUGUUUCUUCCCUGACCUUAUCUCUCUUUUGCAGAAUCUUGUCAAAAGCAGCUGAUACUAAAAAGGCACACUCUGCAUCUAAGCAUGGGCUCACUUGCAACGUUAGCAGUCUACCAAGAUAUUGCAGGCCAACUAAGAGAUUUGUAUCUUACCAAGAUAUUUCACCAACCGUCUCAUCGUUGCAUAGAUGAGGUCACCAUCUUUCCAGCCUCCAGUGGUGGUUUACUCAUCACCUACCUCUGGACUUAAAGUCAGUGCCCAUAUUUUAAGGCUUGGCAGUACCCCUCCUCUAGUGUCGGUUUCUUUAUCAGUCAUCUUAGGCUGAUGUCCGCACAUCUCAGUGGCUUACAACAAGAUGUGUUCAUUUCUUACUCAUGCUCCUCGGUUGUCAUCAUUCAGCUUCAGCUCUGUCAUCUCAACUUUUUCUAGGGCCAAAGGGGCAGCUCCUUUCCAGGAUGCUGCAGGUCCAGUGGCAGAGAACAAAAAGACAGUGUAUCACAUGAUUGCUCUUGAAGCUUCUGAUUGGGAAUGACAUCUGUCACUCCCGCUCACGUUCCAGCUAGACAUGUGGCCAUGUCUGGCAUUAAUGAUCUGGUGAUGUACGAUAGCUCAGUAGGGAGGGGAAUACAGGAAGAAGCAUCAUAGGAGAGGGCAGAGACUAUUUCGAACAACAAAUCAAUCUGUAUUUAAGAAGUAUGAAUUGACUGUCACAAGCUGAUGCAGAGUGGGCAGACUGUUGUUUGUGAAAAGAGUGUCAGGGGAAGUAUUCCUCAGUGCAUAUGAUAUGCACCCUCUUUGCUGUUUGUGAUUGAGUAGGCACAGCUUAUGGCAGACAAGCAGACACAGCUAUGAAGUGUUUUGAGCAAUACCUUCCAAAAUAGGGCCCAGUAGUCAGAUAUCAGGUGUUUGAGAUUUCUUGAACAUAGAGAACUUACUAACGAACAAGCUAACUGUAUUUGUUAAUUUGAGGGGAGGGGGUCAUUAUCAACAACAAAUAAAACAAAUUUGGGUAGCUUAAGGUAAAGACAAAGGGUGAAUGUUAUUAGAGAAAACCUGGGGCGAUUCCUUUUUAUAGACUCAGAGGAAAGGUUGACCGGGAAAGGCAGGAACUAGGACAGCUCCAGGGGCCUCAGCAGUAAAAGUUCAUGGGUCUUCCCUAGCGAGUUGCCCUAAAUGUGUCUUAGCUUCAGGGCUACUUUGUCUGUGUCUUUUCCUUUUCAGGUUUUAAAUUCCUGGGAGAAGUCUACUUGGCUCUUUGUAACAGCUCCAUUCUCACUGAUGGUCAGGGUGGCAGAGUCCCAGAGCAUAGACCAUUUGGGCCAAGCCCUGGACAGAGCCAUCUUCAGAGGAAAUGGGUCACUGUCAGCCAGGCAGCCCCUCCAAGGGGUGUGUGUUAGAUUUCCAGAGGCAGGUACUUCCUGAGGGUCAAAGCGAGGAUGAAAUGUGCUUUUCACCAAAGGUCCCUUGUCUCCGGGAUGACCUCAUGGCCUACAGAGAAGGAUUGGCAAGAUAAGUUUGUGUGAUGGUGUCCCAUAAACAGUCCCAGGUCAGAAGGGUGCAGCUGUUCCUCAGAGCCCCAGGUCUGCCUUGCAGGGACCUCAGGUGUCAUCAUGGCUGCUGCGCUGAAAGGUGGCCUGUCAGAUGUGGAGUCCCCAGAAGGCUCAGGAGCACCAAGUCUGGUGUGUAUGAGCCCCACUGCUGACUGAGGUUGCGCUAGGGCCCAAGUACAGUGCCAGGCUUGGGCUCAGCCUCUAUCUAGUAUCAGUGCUGAGGACCUGGACAUAAUGGCCACAGGUGUAGCUAGCCAUGGGCCAGCAUUGUCUUGAGUCAGGUUUCUCUAGAAGCAGAUCCUGAGACAAGCGUUUGUGACAAGUAAUGUAUCUGAAAGGCAGUUCUAGAAGCAUUAGUAAGGCAGUGGAAACAUGAGCCAAGGGAGAAAGAAAGGUCAAUUCAUGUCAUGUGAAUGCACAGGUUAGCAGUGGGGGCCGCUGGUGCCAGUGCUGCUGGGGAUUUCUGGAGGCCUGUAGGGAAUAUAUCUCCAAAUUAGCCCAAGAAGCAAGAAGGAUGGGUUAUUUGUCCACCAGCUUCCAUCCACCAUUGGUUGGGGGCUGCUCCUGGAGCUAGGUACAGGCAAGGCAAGCUCCUGCAGCAAGAAAAGUCCCCCAGGCAGAGGGCAGCAGGGGCCAGUAGAGGAGGUUGUUCACAUGGCCAGGGCUGGGGAGUGCCCAGAUGCAUGGGUGAGGCACUAACAGUAUCUGCUAUAGCCACAAACAGGGCUGACACCAGGUUAUGCUGUCAAAGUGAAUGGGAUGGGUUUUCCAGGAGUCACUCGAGCUUUGUCCUAUAUCCAGGAGAGGCUGAGCCCUGAGGGGGAUUGUCACCACAUCCUUGCUAUGUUCCACAUCUGAUGAUGGUCUUCUCAAGGGUUGCUGAUGGGCCAGGUGUGUUUUGAAGGACAGCCACUGAGGGCUGUCAGUCUCUCUGCCUUUUAAGGCUGAGUGCAAUGACUGCGUCUCCAGAGCACUUGAGAUAUCCGAGUGCGAUGUCGCUCCCCAUGCCCUUUGCGGCUCUUUGCUGUCUCUGAUUUUGUUCUGCCAGCAGCACGCAUCCUGCGCAUAUCCUUUCCCUGAGCCAAGCCCAAUUCUUCAACCACUGAGGCCUGGCCUACCACCCUGGCCAUUGCUAUUGAUUGGGCCUCCUCUGUGAUCUGUCCCAUGGCAGCGUGUUUCUGCUUGAUGUGGCUUUUGUUUGCAGCUCCCAUCUGUGUCAAGGCACUUUGCUGGAGAAAGCCACUGAUGCAGGAGCCUGUCCCAGGCAGCCAGGCUGGUCUGGGGGGUGCAGGCAGAGGGCAGGGGGAGGAAAGGGAGGAGCAGUGGCAGAAGAAUCUGGAUGAGGGGCUAAGGCCUAGAUCAGGAGAGUUUGCAAGCCCUGGUCCCUAGAGACACACCCGGAGGCUGCAGAAAAAGAGAGACUUCACCAGCAAUCCCAGUAAAAUGGGGCACCCAUUCUUUGUCUUGUACUCAACCACACCAAGGCACCUCCAGGCCAAGCUUGCUUCCAGGCUCCUUGGACGUUUUUGAGUCAGAAGACUCUUAGAGCCCCUCAGAUGUGCUAACAAGUGGGGGCACUUACUGAUCUGAAUCACAGCUCCCUGGGGACCAGCGGGGUGCUACCCAGUCUCCUCCCCACCUCAUCCCAUUGGCACUAUCAUUUUUCAAAUGGCAUUGUACUGUCAAGCGUCUGUGGCUUGUGUUUGCCUGUUUCCUCUGCUAGAAGUCCCUUGUCCUUGACAAAUAUUUGGGCAAACUACUCUCUCUUUAGGCUGUUGUCUUUAGACUCAUUACUCACUGACAGCCCCAGGUAGAGACUGUUACUCCAGCUCUGGGGCACCCCAGCACACUGCCCACUCAUCUGUUAUAAGCCUGGCCAUGAGCAUAUUCUACCCAUCCUCCUGCAUGUCUGUCUCUCCGCCAGGCUGAUAGUCCCUGAGGGAGGGGCUCCCGCUCUUCCCUCUGCUUUCCCAAUGCCCAGGCCAGCCCUGGCACCCGAGAGGCAAAGAGGGUGUUUGUUGAAUUGAAUGGGAUCGACUCCUCACUGAUGGGCUGAGUUCCAGUUACAAACUUCUCCCCAAAGAGCUGAGGGAUUCGUGUGCCUGUGCUCAGCCUCACCUGUUCCCGCUCCACCAGGGAAAUGGGUUCACAGAGGAAGCCCUGAGCUAGAAACCCAGCCUUACACAUGUAUGUCGUCACACUAAUGGAGAAUGGUGCUUAUAAAUGCUUCCCAUUCCUCACGUGGACCUCGUGCUGUGGUUGAUGAACAUAAGAUCAUUCUGGAAAUGACUCUCCUUCAUUUCUGAUUUAGCGUCAGUGCACUGUGGCCCUCAGCACUGUAGCGAACUUCCAUGUCAAGGGGUUAAUGACCAAUAACCAAACCCUUAAAUCAGCCUGCCUGUCUGCAGAGAGGCCUGCAGGUCGUUCUUUGAAAAAGAGGAAAAAGAGCCCAUUUCUAAUACACAUUCUGGAUGUCGAAGCCAGCACUCUGUAAAUUGAAAUUUAAUAAAGCAAGGCUCCCUUCCUUCUUCCCGCCCUCUGUGUCUGGCACCCUGCCUGUUUCCAUGACUCCUACCUGCACACCUAUUGAUCAGACUCAAGACGGGCACAGAGAUGAGAGGGUGAGGCAUUGCAGCUGGACGGGUAGCCCUCUCCCUCCUGGGUCUUUUCUUGCCCUCCUAUGGAUACCCUGGUCCCUGCCUACCUUGUCCUUGCCCUGCAGAUAGGGAUAAGUUCCCCCUUCUCAUUGUGGGGGCAAGCUAGAUCCCGAUCUGCAGGGGCAUUGCUUUUAAGCUAGAAUCCAGAAGGGUGUGUGUUGCACCAACAUUUCACUCCUAGGCUUCCCAAACUCUCCUUAACCCAGCUGGUUUUCAACCUUGGUUGCACAUUAGAAUCACCUGGAAUAAAUCCCCGUGCCCAGGCCCCAGUCCCUGAGACUGUGGUUUAUAGGUUUUAAAGCUCCCCAGGUGAUUCUGCUCUGCAGCCAAGGUGGAGACCCCUGCCUUAGCUUGAUUGCAUUCAGGAGUUUGUCCUUGUGAUUCUUGUGAUUUCAUUUGCUCUCAGAUAUUCCUCCUCUUCCAAGAUCCAGCCCACAGCUUGACUGUGCCUUCAAUGACCUUUGCCAACCGUCCAAUCGUAAAAGUUUGCAAUCACCCCAUUAUGUGUGACUCUUAACUCCCUAGACAGUGUCACACUCCCCUGUUAUGUCCCCCAGCCCCUCAGAGAGCUGGGCUCUUAAUUCCUUCUUGGGCUGCAACCAACAAAAAUAUGGAUAAAUAUCCAAAGAAAAGACUGCAAGGAUGCUGGUUCAUCCCUUUCCAACGUAAGUGCCUGGCCAACUCCGUUGUCUUCUCCCUUACGAUGGGUUCUAGAACCUCUUGUAAACAGUGUCCCAGUAUAAUGCUCCCUUUCUACCCCUCACCACUCUCCAGGCCCAGGACAGUUUCAGCCAAAGACGAUCACUGCUGCCCCAUGCAGGAGGCUCAGCGGGGAGAGUCUAAAUGCCCCAAAGAUACCUCAUUUUUCACGGGCACCUACCUGAUAGGCCAGCAGCGUUGUCAAGGAAGGCUCAUUUAAUGGAGGAAAAACAGCUAGUCCAAAUUUACAUGCCCAUCGUUUGGAAGAGAACUCGUACUCCAGUUGUGCCUUGAAAAUGUGUGUAUUAUUAAGUAAUGUAAUUAACCCUAUUUUCCCAAUGUUCUAGAUUUGCCUGGGAGGCCCUCCUUGACUCUCCCUCUGCCCAUCCCAUGAUUUUUGCAUCUCAGUCUUUGUUUAGCUUGGUGAGGGCUCCAGAAUUUCUGCAGAGGCAUAACAUAGGUAUUGAGGUGUUGGUAGAAGAGGGGAUUGGAUCACUGAAAAAUACAUAAAUUGUAGUUCCACUUUUGGUUCUUUAAGGAAUCUCCAAACCAUUUGAUCCAGCAAUCCCAAUCCUGGGUGUUUACUGAAAGGAAAAGAAGUCAUUCUAUGGAAAAGACACUGGCACAUGCGUGUUUACAGCAGCACAAUUCACAAUUGCAAAAACAUGGAACCAGCCUAAAUGCCCAUUAACCAAUGAGUAAAGAAAAUGUGGUAUACAUACCAUAGAAUACUUCUCAGCCAUGAACAGGAAUGAGAUAAUGGCAUUUGCAGCAACUUGGAUGGAGUUGCAGGCCAUUCUAAAUGAAGUAACUCAGGAAUGGAAAACCAAACAUCCUAUGCUCUCACUUAAAGUGCAAGCUAUGCUAUGAGGAUGCAAAGGUGUAAAAAUUAUGUAAUGGACUCUGGGGACUUGGAGGAAGAGGUGGGAGGGAAGUGAGGGAUAAAAGAUACACAAUGGGGCCGGGCACGGUGGCUAUGCCUGUAAUCCCAGCACCUUCAGAGGCCGAGGCGAGCAGUUCACCUGAGGUCAGGAGUUCGAGACCAGCCUGGCCAACAAGUUGAAACCCCGUCCCUACUAAAAGUAAAAAAAAUUAGCUGGGUGUGGUAGUAUACGCCUGUAAUCCCAGCUACUUGGGAGGCUGAGUCAGGAGACUUGCUUGAACCUGGGAGGCGGAGGUUGCAGUGAGCUGAGAUCAUGCCACUGCACCCCAGACUGAGCGACAGAGUGAGACUGUCAAAAAAUUAAAAA